AACAAUAUUACCUGUGUCUUUAGUUAAUAUGAAUCAGCAUAAGUGUUAACAUGUAUUAUAUAUGCUUAUAUGUAAAAGUAUGAUGUCACGCAGUGUUUUAAAGCAUUUGCGCCUUGCUCUUCUAAAUGAAAGGAAGUGAUGAGUAAAGAUUCUAACCCUGCCGCCACACCCACCCCCUGUGAGGACAUACAGGGAGAUGGUCGAUGGAUGUCAUUGCACAAUCGAUUUGUAUCAGACAGUAAAGGAAAAGAGCCUGAUGUGCUGUUUGUUGGAGAUUCACUUGUCCAGCUUCUGCAUGAGUUUGAGGUUUGGCGAAAACUGUUUUCUCCACUCCAUACUCUGAACUUUGGGGUUGGUGGAGAUGCUACACAGCAUGUGUUGUGGAGACUUGUAAAUGGAGAGCUGGACCACAUCAGCCCAAAGGUGGUGGUGUUGUGGGUAGGCACUAAUAAUCACGGUCACACCCCAGAACAGAUCUGUGGAGGCAUCAUGGCCAUCAUCAAUGUCAUCCAUCAGAAACUGCCCCAUGCUCACACUCUUGUUUUGGGGGUGCUGCCGAGAGGUAAAAAUCCAAACCCUCUCCGUGAGCGUAACGCAGGUGUGAAUGCUCUAGUUCAGGCUGAGGCAGCGUCUCUGUCUCAUGUCUCCUUUCUGGAUGUGGACCCUGGGUUCGUUCACUCCGACGGUUCCAUCUCACAUCAGGACAUGUAUGAUUAUCUGCACCUCACGCCGCAGGGCUACCAGAAGGUGUGCCAGCCCUUACACGAAUGCGUCAAAUCCCUGUUAGAUAAACAUGCUCCCUGAACACAAAACAGAAAACAGCUUAAACACCCUUUCCUGUGCAUUAACGGAUGCUCUACAAUUAGAGCCUGACUGAGAUAUAAACACCCUCAGGACAACUCAUGACUGUUUAAUAGACACAAACACGUAUAUAUUACAUGCUUUCAGUCUACAUGUAUUACUGCUUCCUUGUUACUACAAAAGUAGAUUUUAGCUUAAAGGGAUGCUUCAACCAAAAAUAAAAAUCUGUAAUGUCAUUCUUCAUGCAGUUCCAAUCAUUGUAUGAUUCAACUGUUUUUCCCCCCCGAAAUGCAUUUUCCUCUCUGUUCCAUAGAAUAAAUACAAGUCUAGAAUGACAUGAAGGUGACAUCAUAACAGAAAUGUAUUUUUGGCUGAACUAUCCCUUAAAAUUCUGUCAGAUUAAUUCUCUUUACUUAAAAUGGUUAGAACAUUCCAACGUGUGUAUGUAUAUUUACAAGAUACAAAACCAAGUAUGACGUUGUUUUCUCGAUGACCUCUGAUGAGUAACAGUUGUUGAAGUGUACAUAAGGGCUGUUUGCUGCUAUCGUGGUUUGAUUGUCGAAGAAAUUCUUCUGAUCCUUGUGUAGGAAACAACAGUUUUCUCGAAAGGAUGCAGUAUAGCCCUUCAGAUGUUGACAGCUGCUCCAUUAUUUGUUGAAAGGAACAAUAUGGCCUAAUUUGGUUUCGUUUUCCAUUAUUGAUUCUCUUCAGUGCAUGGCCAUAAGCUCUUUUCCAAGAAAAGGGUAGGUGCUUCACACAAAGUUACGUACCUUUAAAAUGAUUCCAUAUGAUGUAAUGUUUUAGACACUUUGUGAUAAACAAUGAGUUAGUGUUUUGGUUAUUUUGUACAGUAUUUUUGUCAUUUUCUCCCAUGUUUAUGUCUGCUUUAUAUUUGUUUUGUUCAUUUUGUGUUUUGUUCCACUGCUGUCAAAGCGCAUGACAGCAGGUGAAUUAUAUGUACUUUAUGCACCGUGAUAUCUGAAAGAUCUACGCUAUGGAUGAAAUCUUAUAA